GUAUUAUUAGUAGCACCAUGCUUAUUCUAUACUUUACUACUACUUACAACUUUCUCUGACGAAGGAGGAAUACUUACCGAUCACUUCGUUUUAGAAAGAACUUUAACAAUUUAUUAUCAUAGAUAUAUAUAAUCGUUUAUUUUUAAAACUUUUAUUUUCUUUAUUAUUGUUGUUGACGUCGGUGUGUGUAUAAAGUCUGUCUUUCCCACGUUUUACACACACACGUAUAAACAAUCACAUCAAUAUUCACGAAACAUCAACUGGAGUAAACAGUCAUAAUAAACAACACUAACUUCACCAGGAUUUCUUUAUUUUCUGUAAAAUUUUCAACGAUGAUUGUUACGUUUUGUUUAAUACGUUCGUCUUUCAUAUCGUGAUUCAUGGCAAAUGAAUGGAAUAGACCAAGCUGUGAUUUUAUACAAUUCCUAUUCUAAGGAUAUUACUCUGGUGACAGAUCAUGGACCGCUUCUAUCGGUCAUCAGUAAGUCCAAGUAAUUCUUUACCCAGCACUCGCAGUAGUACACCAGUGUCAAGCACUGGCAGCCUGUCAGGUCGAUUAACACCAGACAGGCAUGGAAUCCAGUCAACCAUACAGCAGCUGGCAGAUGAACAAGAAAGAGUCCAAAAGAAGACAUUUACCAACUGGAUGAAUACAUAUUUAUGCCAGCAUGAUCCACCCAUAAAAGUUGAAGAUCUGUUCUCUGACAUCAAGAAUGGAUUGGUAUUACUUUCUUUACUUGAAGUUCUCACUGGGGAAAAACUGCCAAAGGAAAAAGGAGCCAAGAUGAAGAAAAUCCAUUUUGUCAGCAAUAUAACUUGUGCCUUAAACUUCUUGGAGAAGAAAAAGAUCAAAUUAGUGAACAUCAAUCCAUCAGACAUUGCUGAUGGCAAACCAACCAUUGUUCUUGGUCUCAUCUGGAUGAUCAUCUUAUAUCUACAGAUUGAACGAAUAACAGAACAAACUCAAUCACAAGAAACUGCUGAUGGAGCACCAGCUGUGAAGAAGGGACCGAAAGAAAGUGUAAAGAAAGCCUUACUUAAUUGGACAGCCAAUGCAGUUACAAAGCAUUAUGGUAUCCCGGUGACAGACUUUGGGAAGAGUUGGCGAGAUGGAGUUGCUUUUAAUGCCAUGAUACACAACAUCCGUCCAGAUUUGGUAGAUUUAGAACGAACGAAACAACAGCCGGCCAGAGUCAAUCUUGAGUAUGCUUUCUCCACUGCUGAAGUCCAACUGGGAAUUCCUCGGUUAAUAGAUGCAGAAGAUGUUGACGUACCAAAACCCGACGAGAAAUCCAUCAUGACAUACGUUGCACAAUUUCUUAAGGCUUAUCCUGAAGCUGGAGAAGAUCCCGAAGUGAGGAAAAAACGUAAAUCUGCCAAUACCCCUGAGGCUGAACUCCAACAAUUCCAAGAUCUCUUAAAAUGGUUAGAAUCCGCAGAGGAAAUCCUGCAGAUCAUUUAUCAACCACUCACUGAUCGUGAUCCAGAAUACCUGGAAUUCAUGGCAUUCAAAGUCCAGUAUGAUGUUGAAUACAAAGUGUACCGAAGUCUGAAACAGAAAAUCUUAUCAAAGAAAUCUCUGAAGCUUACACUGGAAGAUUACAAAAUGCUGCAAGAACGAUGGCUCUCUGUGCAGAAGAAAAUCCAUCUCUGGUUAUUGAAACUAGACAGGAGUCUACCUGGAGAAGUCGGUGCUUUUUCAGAAUGGCUAUAUAAAGCUGAAGAAUAUUUGGAGAGAAAUUUAGAUGUUGUUGAAGAUCCAAACAAAAUGAUUUUGAAAAUACACGGAUUAAUUGUUGAACACCAGGAAAUAUUUAAAGAUUUACCAACCUAUGUGACAUUCUUUGCUAAAAUCAAGUCACAAGGUGUCUACAAAGGAGAGAAACUGCCUUCUGCUCAGAUUGAACAUAUGCAUGGAAGAUUACAACAGGUCACUAAUCUGGUUCCUGAUAAGAUGUCCAUGUUAACAUUCCAAAAAUCUAGGUUUGGUAUCUUGGUCUUCCUAGAUCAGACUGAAGCAAAAUAUAAGGAAUGGUCCAAGAAGUUUUCCUCCAGACAAAAUGUACAUCAACUACAAGAAGGUUAUCAGAGUUUUGUUGUACAAGGAGGAAUUGACAAAAUUUACCAAAGCACUUCUGCAACUUUGAAAUCAACUGCUGAUGUCUAUUUAAAGACAGAAGUUGGUAAUGAAAAUUCUGAUGACAUCCAUGAAUUUAUCCAGUGCUGUGAUGAGAGAUGGAAUAAACUAUAUAAUGAUGUUGAAAUAUCUGGUAAAGUUCUUGAUGAAUCUGCAGAAUAUUGGAAACAACAUGACAUUCUGAACCAAAAAUUGAAUGCCUGGUUAGCUGAUGCACAAAAAGCUCUCCAGAAACCAUCACCUGAGAAGCAGAAUUUUUUCCAAGAUUUACCUGACUGGCAAGAACACCAUAAAACCUACAAUGAAGCAUGCUUUUACCUUGCUGAUGUUGUGGAGCCUUUAGUGAUAGCCAAGAUGAACCAUGAAAUGGAAAGAAUCAACCAAGCUUUUAGAGAUAUAGUUAUUUCUUACCAUCAAUACUUGGAAGAGCUGAGAGGUGAAGAGGCACAAUCUUAUAAAGAUGGAGUAACAGAAGUGGCUGUGUGGCUAACACGAACCAAUGAAUUCUUGAAUAAGACUGUACCUUGCACCCAAAAGAGUUUGGAAAAUUAUGAAACAGAAUUAGAUGUGUCCAGCAAAGAAGUCACUAACAUGGAACAUAAGCUGAAAUCUACCAACAGGACUGGUCAUUCACUUGCUAAAACAAGUCCCAGAGAAUCAGUCGACCAAAUUUUGGAAACAUUGAAAAAAUACACUGAAACUUUUAAGUCCAACAAAAAAUCAAUAGCUGAGAAAAUAAAAUAUGUGAAAAUACUUUUACCAAAUAUAGAAUCAUUUGAACAUGGAAUGACUGCAAUAAAUGCUUGGUUAGACAUUGGAGAAUCUCUGAUUCAAGAGCACGAAUUAAAUGAAAACUUUGAUAAAGUGGAAAAUUGGCUCGAGGCUCAUAAGGAGCAUUUCUCACAAACUGAAAACCAAAAAUCUGUGUUGGAAAGCAAAGGAAAAUUGUUACAUAAAAUGGCUUCUCAUAAGAGUAAAUUAAAAGUUGUGGAUUUUGAACCUCCUCAAAUACUGUUACAGACAACCACUGUGAGAUUUCAGACUUUGAAUAGCUCAGCAAGUGAGAGUGAAAAGAAACUUGAAGAAGCCUUUCAACUUUGGCAGUUAUAUUGCCAGCGAUAUCAACAAAUGGAUGAUUGGAUAGAGCAAGCUCGAGAAGUCCUUGCAGACUCUGAUGAUGACAUUCCUGAUCUAAUUAAAAAGCAUAAGAAGUUUUUUGAUGGCAACCCUGGUGAUGUUCUUUGGAAGGAUUUCCAUGAAUCUAGUAUUCAGUUACUACGACUUAUACCCGGUUAUGAAGCUCCCCAGAUAAAUGAGACUGUUAACAAGACUAAAACUAAGCUAAAGGAACUGGAAUCCCAAAUUCCUGCCAGGCAAAUGUAUUUGGACUUUCACUAUAAAAAAUCUCAUUUCCAUGACUCCAUUAAUGAAGCAAAAGUUAUCAUAGAACAAAACAAACAAAAGUUGGCCAGCGGUGACCAUGCAGCAGAAACACUUCAGAAACACAAGAAAUAUUUUACUGACUCAUUCUACACUUCACAUGAAGCACAACUGGAAGCAAUGCACCAAAUCUGUCUUGAUUUCUCAUCUCUUGACCGCCAGAACCAAACUCUGACAGCUGAAUAUGACAAAGUGGACUCAGAAUGGAAAAGCCUGCGCAAGGUUAUCAAUACUUCUCAGGUGGAAUUGAAACAACUUCCUAAACGAUGGGAAGAAUACUACAUAAGACUGGAGGUGUUCUCUCAGAAAAUUUCCAGAAUGGAACUACUUCUCAUAGAAAUGCAGAAAAAAAGCCUGCCAGAGGAUGAAUAUCAGAAAGUGUAUUCAGAAUUUCAGGAAAUGCAGAAAGAUAUGGAUAAAUAUGGUGAAGAAUCAAAAUGGUUGAGCCAAAAUUUGAACACUCUUCUUGAAGAUGCCGAAGAUAAAAGUCUGCAGAAAGAAUCCAAUAACCUGAAAAUUAUAUUGGAGAAAUUCAACAACCUUAAACCUGGUGUAGUUGAAAUAUCCUCCAAAUCUCUAAUAUUUACCAAAUGCUUCCAAUUUCGUGAUGACUUAGAUCGUAAAUCUCAUUGGCUUGAGGAGACACAUCGUGCCAUUGUUGAACAACCCUAUGUUGAUAGACUUGAAGAUGCUCAAACAAUGUUACAUGAACAUGAGGCUGUCAUGAAAAAGCUGGAUGCUGAAGGAGAAAGCAUCAAAGCAGAUCUUACCACUGGAGAACAGUUACUGGCUGAGAAUGAUGCUCCAAAUUUUGUGGCCAAGAAAGCUGCAGAACUAAACAGAAAAUGGACUGCUACCAUCAAAGAAGCCGAAGAAAAAUAUCAAAAACUUAUGAAAACUGCUCAUGACUGGAAGUACUAUGAGGAACAGAAAUUUCAAGUUUUGGAAAACUUAAGCAAAGCAGAAAUGGAACUUGAAAAGGAACCGGUUGGUGGUGGCCAUGACCUGGCACAAAAAGACCUAGAAGUGAAAAAGGAUCUGAAGAAAACUAUCGAGAACCUGAGAGAUGGUCUUAGUGAAAUGCAAAAACUGAACUCAUUGCUGUGCGAAGGUGCCAGUAAGGAACGGCAGGCACCACUCAAACGAGAAAUAACUAUGAUUGAUCAAAAGUUGGAACAUGUCUAUUCUCGUCUGACAUCAAAACUUGUACAGUUGGAAGGUACCAUUAAUCACUGGUCACAAUACUACAGCAGACUGAACAACUUCAGCACUUGGUUAGAACAGAAGGAAUGUCAACUGACUGAAGUCAAAAAAGACACUGGACAGACACCAGAGAAGCAAUUAACCACCAUUGAGACAAUCUGCACCGAGGUGAAAAAUAACCAUGUUACACUGGACAACUUAGAAGAAGAUGCAAAAGGUCUUGUCCAAAACUUCCGUUCCAGGGAGACAGCUGCUUUAAAGUCUAAAUUGGUAACAAUCCGUCGACAAUGGCAACAACUUGUAAAUAAGGCUGAUGACUAUAAGUCAUCAUAUACUGGUAGUGUUUCUCAUUGGAAGAAAUACAGUCUGUUACUAGAGCAAUUAUCACCAUGGGUAGAAUCAGCACAGAAGUAUUGCUCCCAAGAAGUGCCAAAAUGUUCCUCACUUGAUGAUUCUACACAAUUAUAUAAAGAUCAUCAGAUUUUUAUUCAAGAAUAUGAAAAACAUUCUAUCAUGUUUGAGACACUGUGUACUGAAGGUCUACGAGUAACUAACCAACCAGAAGUUAUCCAACAAAUUGACCAACUUCAACAACAGCUAAAUGAAAUACAGAGUGCCACCGAGAGACAAACUAGUGAGAUAGAAGAAAGACAAUUAGCCUUUGUCACAUUAGCAAAUAAUAUAGAAAAGUUCCAGACUAUCAUCCAUAAAUAUGAAUCUAAGCUGUAUGUUACACCUGUAAUAAACACAACUGAUUUACAGAUUCUUAACCAUGAGUUAGCAUUAAGUAAGGCCUUGAAGGAAGACAUACACAAUCAAGAUAACAAUAUAGAACCACUUAAAAGUCAGUUCACCAAAGUUAAAGUACAUACAGUUCCUGCUGGCAUUCCACGACUUCAGGAGUGUGAGAAACAGAUUUUAGAUGCUUGGGAUAAUAUCAAAAUACUCUCAGAAGACCGCCAGAAAACAAUUACUUUAGCUCUGAAAUCAUCUGAGGAAUUUGAUGCAAAUUUGGCUCAUAUGGAACAUUGGCUAUAUCUGUGUGACCAAAACCUUGCACGAACGUCAGAAAUUUAUUCUGAUGAUAUUCCAAAUGUUCAGCAAGAGUUUAAGACAAUGCUGUCAGAAUGGCAUGAGAAUAGUUCCAAUUACAAGAAACUUUCUUCAGAUUUCCAAUACUACAUAAAUAAUUGCUCAGAAGAUGAAGCAGCAGUCCUUAAAGAACGAUAUGAUCGACUCUCUGAUAUUUACCAAAGAGUAAAAGAACUCUCUACAAGCCGUGAAGAAGCAUGCCAAAACUGGCUGAUGUAUGCUGAAACUAGUAAACAGUAUCAGAUCAAACUGAAACAACUUCAACAACAAUUGUCUUCAUCCAAUAUCAAAGAACCUGAGAUCGUUGGAAUAAUGGAAUCAAUCCAAUCUAUUGCUGAUGAACUGAAAGAUUGGAAUAAUUCCAUAAAGGAUUUAGAUUCUUUGAUGAAAAUAUCAUGCCUCACCAUAAAAGACAGAGCAACACAAAGAUCACUUCAUUUUCCUUCAGAAUUACAGAACAUCCAGACACUUUGUAAAGACAUACAUAUGACCGUCAGCAGGAAAGAGGAAAAGCUUGGAGAAAUGAACAAACAGUGGCAAGAUUUUAAUAAUAAGAGGAACAAUUUAAUUGAAAACCUGGAGUCAUUUGAGACAGAAGUGAAUUCCCUUUCUGUGGAAAAUUCUUCAUUAAGUGGAGUUACUGAUAUGAUCAAUAAUAUCGAGGAAACCAAGAAUGCUGUCUACAAAUUCAACCCAAAGUAUGAAGAAAUCCGAGAACUUGGUCGACUCAUUGUGCAAAAUGACAACAACAAAUCUGCUGAAGUACAUGGCUUGUUAGAACAACUGCAUGAAUUCUGGGAAACCCUGCAGGCCCUGUUGCAUGAAAAGCACAAUUACUAUAACAGCCUUUCUGUUUUGUGGAAACAAUAUUUAGAUGCAUUGAGUGUUGUGCAGAAUAUUCUGGAAACUGAACAACAUUUAGUUGCAGAAAAGGUUUCUUUCACAAACUCUGAUAAUGUGAAAAAUGCUCUUGAACAACGCAAGGCUGCAGAAUUUGAGUUACAUGCUACCCAGACACAGCUGGAUUAUUACAACAGCAAAGGUACCCAGUUACUGGAAGAGUUACAGAAAGUUCCUAAAUUGGAUUUGUCUCAGAUUGAAAAAGAAAUUAAAACAAUCAACCACUCAUGGGAAACAACUAAUGAUACCAUCAUACUUCAGAAGGAAAACUGUGAAGCUCAGCUCGUCUGCUGGGAGCAAUUACUCACAGGAAUAGAGGAAAUCAAAAAUUGGAUUGUGCCUCUUAUUAAAAAAUUUGAAGAUAACUUGAAUAAUUUUGAAGACACAGUUACUGUGGAAACAAGACUUCUAUCAUAUAAGGAAGAAGUUCCUUAUUUUACCAAAAUAUUUGUUGAAGUACAGCAAAAAAUCAAAGACUUGCAAGAACUAAAUGGCAAUAUUGUGAUAUCAAGUUUGAAUCAUUCUCAGAGUGAGAUCAAACAACAUUUCGAACAUGCUGAAAGUCUUGCACGGCAGCUGGAAAUGAUCAUAGGAGAUUUCUCAUCACAACACAAGAACUUGUCGGCCAGUCUUGAAGAUGAAACAAAAUGGUUAACUUCAACUAAGAAUUCACUUUUGAAAUUCAAUGAUGUUUCUAAAAUUGAAGAAGAUAUUGCCGACCAGAUAAUGAAAUUAAAGGAUAUGAAACAAGAACUAACUUUACACGAAACAAACAGCAAGUUAUUGUUAAAUGAAGCAGAUAACUUACAAAAAACCUUCCAGUCAGCUGAAGCUUCCAACCUGUUCAAAGACGUCCAAAUUCAUUGCCAAAAGAUUGAUUCUUUGUCGAAUCGGUUUGCGAAAACAGAAAACAUGCUGUUUGAGUGCCUUGAACAAAACUGCAAAGAACACCACCACAAACUCUCUGAGAAGGCUGAACCACUGACAGAAAAACUCUCUUGGUGUAGUGAAGUUGGUGGAGAUCAACAAGCUAUUGAGAUUAGGCUGAAGGCUGUGAAUGAUCUUCUUUCUAAUGUGCCAAAAGAAGAAACAGAUCGGCAGUUAGUGUUGAAAAAGGCAGAACAGUUAUCAGCUAUAUUACCAGAUGGGAAACAAAUUAAGUUGAAACAACAACGAGAUAAUGCUAACCAAUUGUGGAACACAUCUAUUAAGCAGAUGGAGGAGAUCAAAAUUACUCUAGAAAAUUCCAAGAAACAACUGAAGGAAUAUGAUCAAAGUUAUGAAAUUCUAUCUAACUGGAUGAAAAAAGCAGAGAAUAAACUGAAGGACGGCUCCUCAUUAAAACCUGAUUUACCAAAGAAGGAGGAACAUCUUGAAUUUAUCAAAAAUCUUGGAGAAGAUGCUAACAAACGUGCUGCCGAAUUUGAAGCAUUAAAGGAGAAAGCUGAAGUAAUCACAAAAUCAAUGAGUGAUGCUCGUACUGCCUCUUCAGCUGGACAACUUCAUACUCGUUAUACAACAUUCUGUAAUGCACUAAAAAAUCAAAUGAUAAAAGCUGAGCAAAACAUUGAAGAACACAAAAUCUUCGACGAAAGGUGUAAGCAUUGUUCUGAUUGGCUGACAGAUAUGGAACAGAAACUAGAACAAUGCACUGACAAAUCUAGUGAUGAAAAACACAUUCAGGUCAAGAUACAGAAGAUCAAUGAUCUCAUGAACACAAAAGAAGAAGGUUUGCAUUUGUUGAAUCUGUGCAUUGAAUCCAGUGAAAAACUCUAUUUGAACACUUCAAAGAAAGGCAGAGAGAAAAUACGUCAAGAUGUACAACAGCUGCAGAAAAGAUGGGAAGCAUUUUCUGAUAGUCUUGCAGAAACCCAGCACAACUUGGAGACAAAUCAGUUGCAGUGGUCUUCAUUUGAUGACAGUUAUGAAAGUUUUGUGAAAUGGUUUGCAGAUAUGGAAGCUAAAUCCAUCACUUAUCAAUCGAUGAAGAAUACUUUGCCAGAAAAGAAAGCAGCUGCACAGUCCAUGAAGAUUUACUACCAAGACUUACUCUCUCACAAAACCAUGCUAGAAAACUUAACCAAGAAAGGAAAACAACUUGAUUCUCCAGAUAUUGAUGACAAGUUGCAGCAGAUCAGUUCUAAAUAUUCAAUACUUAUGUCUGAGACAGAUAAAAGAAUGCUUUUAUACGAUGACAUUGUACAACAUCAUCAGAUAUACCAAGAUACCUAUCAGAACUGUAACGGUUGGUUGGCCAGUAUGAAAGACAAGUUUCUGGUUUGUUCCGAAUUAGUUGCUGAUAAGCAGGUUUUGUUGAAUAAAUUGAACCGAAUUGAGUGCUUGCUACAAGAAUUAAAUGACGGAAAAGUAAAAGUGGAAGAAGUACAAAUAGCAGCUAAAGUUGUUGUGCCAGAAUCUGCAGAGAAAGGUCAAAUGGUGAUAAAUAAUGAAGUGCAAACCUUGGGUCAAAAUUUGGCAGCCCUCACUGAUGAAUGUACAGAGAGCAAGAUAGUUCUUACUCAAUCUGCUCAAACUCUACAGUCUUAUGAUAACAAUUGUGAAAAUCUUUCCAUGUGGUUGAAAGACAUGAAAGCUGCUCUCUCUAAUCCAGAAUUGAUGUCAUCUCUGAAAGAAAAACAAAUGCAAGCUUCAAACUUCCAGAAACUAAAGCAAGAAAUUGAGUCAAAGAAAGAUGAUUUUGAAGAGCUGAAAGCACUUUCUGGGACUGUUGAAUUGGAUGACAAACACAUGUCGACAGCUGGAAACCUUUUAGUUAACAAAUAUACAUCACUUUGUAAAAUGGCAGAGGAAUGUGUCCAUACUAGGAACCAGUUUGUUCAGCAGCAUGAACAGUACCAAAAUAGCUAUAGUGAUGCGAAACAAAUGCUAGAAAAUUUAAAGAAGCAACUAAAAGCUUGUUCAGAACCAAACAGUGAAAACACGUAUGAAGAAAGAUUGUCAAAAGUAAAGGCAAUGGUGACAGAAAGAGAGAAGCUUAAGAAUGACAUUUCUAAAGUAUGUGCAAUGGGAGAGAAGUUAUGCCCUAAUACAGCCUUUGAAGGUCGUGAAAAGUUGCGCUUGGAAAUAAGAGCAUUAAAGGAUGACAUGGACUCCUUACUUGAUGAAAUGUGUGAUACACUGAAGAAGCUGGAGAAUUACAUGGUACAGUGGCAGUCUCUUGAAGCGACCAGUGACCGUUUCUAUAAAUGGUUUGCUGACGUUAAGGGACAGCUGGACAAUACAGAGCUUCAGUCUUUGCUUCCUGACAAGAAAGCUCAGUUUCAGAACCAUAAGAUUCUUCACCAAGACAUAGUUUCUAGACAACAGAGUCUUGCUUUGUUUAUUGAAAAAUAUUCAUCUCUCAUGCAAACAUCAACACCAACAUCAGCUUCUAUGAAGCAACCUGUUGCUGAACUCCAAACAAAAUAUGGAGAUCUUUUAGAGACAUCCAAAGAAAAAUUGGCAUUUCUGGAAAAAGCUGUUGUUGACCAUCACGUUUAUCAGGAAAAUUAUCAAGAUUUUGUCAACUGGCUUAAUAUUUCCACUGAAAAGAUUGAGGCUGCAAGUGAUUUUGGAGGAGACAAAUUGUCUUUACAAAAUAAAUUAGAAAAGUUUAAGGAAUACAGCGGUCAGUUAGAGGCUCGGGAAAAUCAAUUACAAGAAAUUAUCACUUCUUGCAAGACUGUUGAACAAACGACAUCAGAAGCUGGCAUUGUGAUAUUGACACAAGAAAUUAAUUCUGUUACUAACCGCUGGAAAUCCUUUUCAAACCUUAUCGAAAAAAGCAGCCAAGAUUUACGACAGCUGCUGCAGCAGUGGAAUGAAAUGGAGACACACAUUGCUGACUUUAGUAAAUGGAUUAAAGAAUGUGAUGCUUCCUUGAAACAAUGUGAAUUAAAAUCUUUCCUGGAUGAAAAGCGCUCACAGCUCAAUAGAUUAAAAGAAGAACAAAAUGAAAUUUUGCAGAAACGUCCCACAUUGGAUGGUCUCUCUGAUGAAAUUCAGUCUAUGACACAUGUGGCAUCUGAUAUUCGCCUAUCUAGCCAAUUAUCACACCUGGUCACCAGGUACCAAAAUCUCAUUGCAAACAUAAAGGAGCUGAUUAACAAAUGGGAGAAAUAUUCUGAGGACCAUUUGAUAUUUGAAGACAAAAAAGAAGCAUUCCAUAUAUGGGCGAAACAAAUUAAUCAAAAGCUAAAUGCUAUUUCUGAACCAAUCACAGACCAGAAAGAUAUUGAUAAAAGAAAGUGUGAUAUUCAGGUUAUAUCAAUUGAAAAAGAACAUGGUUUACAGAAACUUGAAGCACUAAUAGCUUCAGGUGAAAAACUUUUCCCUGACACUGCAGGCAAAGGCCGAGAAAUAAUUCGUCAAGAAAUCCGAGCAGCAAGAGAAUGCUGGGACAAAAUUGUGGCUUCCUUUGCCGAAAACCAACAAGUAGUCAAUACUUCUGCAAUGAACUGGUCUUCCUUCCUGGAUAGUCAAGAAGAAAUUUAUAGCUGGAUUAUCUAUAUUGAACCUAUAGUUCAACAGGACAAAGAACUCUGCAGUACAUUGCAAGAGAAGAAAAAUAAGAUACACACAUACAAAACAAUGCUUGAAGACAUCUCUUUGCACCAGAGAAUGAUUGACAGCACAAUAGACAAAGCUGAGGCUAUUUUGCAAACUUCUGAAAAUAGUGACAUCUCUCUCUUUGUUGCAGACAUAAAGGCUCGCUUUUACCAGAUCACUAUCGAUACGAAGGAUUUGCUCCUUAAAAGUGAAGAUAGCUUCAAAGAUCACUUGAAGUACAACAAUGCUUUACAAGAUGCUCAUGAAUGGCUGCAUAACAAUGAAGACCAACUGAAUAUGUGUCUAGACCAUCAAGGUGACAGACAGUCAUUGGAAAACAAAUUGGACAAAAUUAAAGAGUUAACUGCUGCCAGCUCUCAAUUUGAGUCAAUAUUUGAGGAAUGUGAAAAACUGGCUGAUAUUGUUUUGCAAACAACUGCAGAUAGUGGUCAGACAGCAGUGAAAAAACAGUUGGAUAUUUUACGCGUUGAUUGGGAGGACUAUAAAUCCAAGUUAGAUAACAGCCGAAGCCAUAUUGAUGAAGCCAUGUCACAUUGGGAAAUGUAUGACGAGCACUACGACAAACUCCGACUUUGGUUGAAAGAUGCUGAAAACAAAACAACUGAUUUCACUCCAAAAUCUUCACUUGCUGACAAAGAAGAACAAUUAACUGCCUACAAGGACACUCUGACAGCAAUUCGUGAGGAGAACAGGCACUUUGAAGAACUCCACAGCAUUAAUCUUGGUCAUGAAAUCCGCUCUAAACAAAGUGAGAUCGAUACUUUAGCUGAUGAGGUGCACUCAUUGCAACAGCUCACACCUGAAACACGAGCCCCUGCCUGCACCUCACAACUCUUGGCUCGAUUUGUAACAGUGGAAGCAAACACAAAGAGUCACAUCAAGAAAUGCAACCAAAAUAUCAAUGACCACAAAGAUUAUGACAGUAAAUUAGCCUCUUGUGAUAAAUGGCUGCAGAAAAUGCAACAAAAGCUUGACCUUGUUGCAGGUCCGAGUGGUUCGAAAGAAGACCUUGAAAGAAAUUUGGAGAAAAUUCAAUAUCUUCUACAAGAACGCGAAGAUGGUUUGCAAAAACUGAAUGCCUUACUUGAAGCUGGAGAGAAACUGAUUCCCAAUACUGGAACAGAAGGACGGGAAGUGAUACGUCAGCAAAACCAAAGCAGGAAACAAAAAUGGGAGACCCUUUUUGAGGAUCUCUCUGGAUGCCAACGUAAACUAGAACUAGCUCUCUUGCAAUGGGUUUCUUUUGAAGACCACAAUUCCCAGAUUGAUCAAUGGCUAAAGAAUGUUGAGUCACAGAUUGAAGGGAAUAUACCAUUGAUGUCUACCUUGGAAGAGAAAAAACUCCAACUCCAAACUUACAAAGUGUUACAACAUGAUGUGCAGUCCUACCAAACUGUGAUUGAUCGCAUUAAUCAAAAGCUACAAGAACUGGUGAAAAAUGAGGACCAAUCAGAUCUCAGUAAAUUCUCCAACCAAGGGAAAACACGAUAUAAGAAAAUCAAUGAGAAGCUCAAGAAACGUAUCCAGAAGUACAACACUUUUGUGAACAAUCAUCAGGAAUAUACAGAUUCAUACAACAGUUGUAUUGAAUGGUUGACAAUUAUCAAAGAGAAAUUAAACUUGUGUGCUGAUUUCACUGGUGAUAAACAUGCUAUCCAACACCGACUUACCAAAAUACAGGAUAUCCUGGCUACCAAGACUGAAGGGGAACCAAAGGUGAAAAAAGUUGUAGAACUCUCCGGAAAAGUUCUUCCAAACACGUCUCAACAAGGCAAGGAUAUUAUCAAACGUGAAGUCAAUAGUCUGCAAGAUGAUUGGUCAGCUUUUGUUGCAGCAAUUGUGCAGACUAAGAAAGAUCUGGAAAGUUGUAUGGAUCAAUGGGAAGUCUUUGAUUCCAAAUAUGAAGAGUGCUCUGCCGAGGUUAAACAAGUUGAAAACAAACUGAAAGGCACAGAUCUAAAGAACUCUCUGGAAGAGAAAGAAGAACAGUGGAAUAUUUUAACGUCCCAACUGACCAAUGAAACUCAGCCUGACUCUAUAGAAGAUCUGUUUGAAUUGGCUCAGGCAUUAUCUCAAAUCACCUCAGAUUCCAGUAUCAUAACUAAUGUGUCUCAGCUUAAAGCCAGGAAGCAAGUUGUUUACAGUAACAUCAAAGAUUCCUGUCGUAAGUGGGAAAAGUUUGUAGCUGACCAUAAGAAACACCAGCUGCAUUAUGAAGAAUGUGUUGCCUGGGCAAAAGGUUUACAAGAGAAGGUUGAAGAAUGCAAAGACACAAGGGGUAAUGAAGCAGUAAUUCAAGAGAAAAUCAAAAAUAUUCAGGUACUCAUGGCUGAAAGAGAUGAAGGUUUGCACAAACUUCAGGUUGCUAUGGAGAGCCUAAAACUAGUUUUGCCAAACACAUCAAUUUUAGGAUGCCAGAAAUUGCAUAAAAACCUACAAUCCGUGCAAACUGACUAUGACAACCUCUCAUCUGAAAUGAGUAACAUAUGUGCAAAUCUAGAAAGUUCUCUAUCUCACUGGACCCUGUUUCAUAAUGAACUUGACAAUAUGAAGCAGUGGCUUAGUGAAACUGCUGCUCAGCUGGAGACAGAAUCACAAUUGCAGACAAGUUUCUCAGAAAAGAAACUUACACUUGAUCGAGUCAUGCAUUUGAAACAGAAUAUAAAUUCUCAGAAAAUCACCAUCGAUAAUUUACUGUCAAGUGAUUCCCAUAUUUUGGAUGAAAGUCAAGAUGUCCGCAAACAAACUGAUGAUAUACAGAAAAGAUAUCAGGACCUGGUGACCUCUGCGCAGCAACUUCAUGGAAAAUGUGAACAGCAUGUGCUUGAAGCCCAAGCCUACAGGGACGCCUAUGUUGAUGCUGCCAACUGGGUGAGUCGCACUUUGGAAAUCCUGAAUAAUAAUGGGGAAAUCCAAGGUGACAGAAGUGUGCUGGAGACACAAUUACAUCGUAUUCAGAAUGUCACUUCAGAAAUUGAGUCUGGUAACACCAAAAUAUCCGAUGCUAGCAGCAAAGGCAAAAUUGUAAUGGAGGCAACUACUGAGCAAGGUCGAAAACUGAUACAAGAUGAACUGAAUGCUUUGAAUGAAGAUUUCGUUGAGCUCAGAAAAACAGCAGAAGCUCAACAGUCUAAAAUGGAAAAGAUUGGUCAACAGUGGAAAGAAUAUGAUGCAACACAAGAAGAAAUAAACCAAUGGUUAACUAGCACAGUACCAGCUCAGAAAACCUCUUCUGAUUAUAAAUAUUCUCUUGUAGACAUAGACAAGCAACUUGAAGAUAACAUGCAAUACUUGGAUGGUAUAAAUGCCAAACAACCAAUUUUAGACCGUCUUAGUGAACAAGCUGCACAUUUGUUGCAAUCAGUGUCAAGUGCAAAGGUAGCAUGCAAAGUUGCACAAACUACAGCAGCAUAUUCUUCAGUUGCUAAUUCUGCAAAGGAUAUGGUCAAACGUUCUGAGAAAAUAUCUUCUGAUUGCAAACACUUUGAAGAAGCCUACAAGACUGCUGAUUCUUGGAUUGAUUCAGCAUCCCAAAAGUUAGCCCAGUGUUCAAAUGUAACCAGAGAUAGAAAUUUGAUAGAAAAGCAGCUAGAGAAAUUACAGGAGCUAAUUAUAACAAAAGAAGAAGGCCAGUUACUGACACAUGCUGCCAUCAUGUCUGGAGAGCAGCUGAAGCCUAUAAUCUCUCAAGAAAGCCGUAUAGAUUUACAAACAAGACUUAAGAAUCUACAGCAGAAGUGGGACCAACUGGUUAAGAAUAUGACAGAAUGCAAAGUUACAUUGGAGAGUGACUUACUUCAAUGGAGUGACUACAAUGAAAGUUGCAAGCAAGUGCAGAAAUGGUUGGAUACAAUGGACAAGAAGAUGCAUCACGACCAACCCAUGAGAAUUGAUCUUGCUGAGAAAAAGGGUCAUCUUCAAAAGAUGAAGAACAUCUACCAAGAUAUUAUUUCCUAUUCUGCUAUUAUUGACUCCGCUGUACUUAAAGGUCAAGAACUGAACUCACUUGACAGUACUGAUGGAGCAUCAACAGAUAUUUCCAAGAUAUCCAGUCAAUAUGAUUCUGUCAAAGAGUUGGCACAAGGUCAACUGAGCACUGCCGAAUUGCAAGUGGCUCAACAGCAAAACUUCAUUGAUUCUGCUGACCACUUCAAAAGUUGGUUGAAGAGUGCCCAAGAGUCUCUUAGCAUUUGCUCUGACACAGCUGGAGAUAAGUCAACUAUACUGAUGAAAACCAAUAAAUUGAAGAAUCUCUGUGGUGAAGUUAACACUGGGAAGCAACUACUGGAGCAGACACAUAAUAUAUGUGAUACCGUUUUACCAUGCACUGCAAAAUUGGGACAAGUCAAAAUACAAAAGGAAUUGAAACAAAUGGACCAAGAUUAUAAGGAUUUCAGUAAUUCUUUGAAUGAAGUUGACAGUAAACUCCAGAAAUGUGUUUUGGAAUGGGAGAAGUUUGAGACAGCAACACAGAAAUUUGACAGCUGGUUGAAAGAUGGGGAAAAAUUCCUCUGCACAGAUAUCCCUAUGAAAGCUGUUUUGCAAGAGAAGAAACAACUUUUGAAAACAUAUCAGGACUUUAGUGAAGAAGUGACAUCUAAUCAGAAGGAACUUGACACACUGAGUGAACGUGCACAAAUACUGCUGCAGACAACAUCUGAUACAGCUGUUUCUUAUUCUAUGACACAGCUCACCUCUCGUUUCCAAGUUGUGGUCAAUAAAACUAAGGAAUCGGUGAAAACCCUGGAACUGGUUGUUUAUCAUCACGAAGUCUACGACAAAUCUGUCUCUGAGUAUGAAGAAUGGCUGAAUAAUAUUAUGCAAAAGCUGGAACCGCUGUCUGAUUCUAAAAUCACCAAAGAAUUGGCCAAACACAAUUUAGCAGUUAUUGCUGAUCUGGAAGUUUGUAAAGACACUGGUAAUACCAAAUUACAGAAAAUGUUAGAUUCUGCUGACAAGACAUUGCAAAACACAAAUUCUGCUGGCAGCAAAACCAUUCGACAGAAAUGUGAAAAUUGCAAAAGCAAUUUUGAUGUAUUCUUGGUCAAACUUACUCAGGCCAAACAGAUACAAGAAAAUUGUAUUGCAAAUUGGGAGCAAUUUGAAGACGCCAAUGAACAAGUGACCGGUGUGCUCCAAGACAUUCAAAACCGAUUACAGCUUGCUGCUGGACAGAAAUCUGAUCUUGCAGAAAAAUGUUCCUGUUUGGAAAGACAUAAAACCAUCCAGCACGAACUGUUGUCUCAAAAGAGCAACCUUAAGAAAUUAGAAACCAAAGCAGAAAGUGUCAAAGUUCAAAUGGCUAAAGAUUCCGUUAAUGACACCAAUAUUUUGUAUAAGUCUUUGUUGGAGGAGAGUCAAGAAAUUGUUGGCCACCUUGAAGAAAUGGUUAAAACUCACAAUGACUACCGCCAGUGUUAUACAAGUAGCCUAGAGUGGCUCAACAAUUCCAGACACCAUUUGAAUCAAAUUAAUAACCCCAAAGGAGAUAUUCAAGUCGUUCAAGAAAGGAAAUUGAUGUUUAAGAAACUGCAAGGGGACGUUAACUGUGGGAAACAACUGGUUUCUGACUGCAGUCAACUUGCUGAUAAAGUCUGUGAAAACACCUCACCACAAGGACAAGCAGUGAUCAAGGAGGAAAUGAAUAUCCUUAACCAAAAUUGGAACAUGUUUUCUGAUUCUUUUAAUAAAGCCGAACAAAAUCUGAAUGACCUUAUUUCAAACUGGGAAAACUUUGAUGAAGAAUAUAAUAGAUUUUUGUCAUGGUGUAACAACUUAGAAGUCCGUACGAAUUCUCUUAUGAAACUUGGAGACAACAUUAAAGAAAAGCAGGCACAGCUUGAGGAAAUUAAGGGCUUACUUGAAGAAGUAACUCAGAAGAAAGAGAAUUUGGACAAAAUUCAAGAACUUGGUGAACAAGUGGCACAAAAAAAUAAUGACCCGAAGAUCUCUCACAAACUUCACCAAUUAUCAUCACAGUAUUAUGGUCAGAGAACAAACAUCAAGAAUGAAAUUAUUAAGCUGACAGAGAAUAUCCACGAUCACGAAAUAUUUGAGAAUUCUUAUCAUACAACCAUUGAAUGGAUUAACUCUUGUGAAAAUGAGCUUAAAGACUGUAAUAACACUAAAGGAGAUGGCGUUUCAAUACAGGAUAAACUGAAAACAUUAAAUGUCAUUGUUUCGGGCAUGGAUGAAGCAGUUCAUAAAGUGAACAAAGUUCAUGAUUAUGCAGGGAGAAUCCAACCUUCAACAUCUGCUGUUGGGAAUAAAGAAAUUGAGAAAAAAAUGGAGGAAUUGAAUGUAAAAUGGAAGCAGUUGAACCAGACAGUAACUGACUGUGCUUUUAACUUACAGAACACUCAACAGAAAUGGCAGGAUUAUGAAGUUACUAAAGAUACUUUAGUGAAAUGGAUAACAGAUCUGGAAAGGAUUCUUUCACUUGAUCCAGAAGCUCAUACACAACUUCCUGAGAAAAAGGCUCAACUUGACAAAUAUAGGCUAAUUCUCAGUGAAAUAGAUUCUCAUGAAAGCAUGUUUGCUGAUCUGGAGGACAACUUAUCACAACUGGAAGUGUUAAGUGCUGAUGGUACAACAGACAAAGAUUCUCUCAGACCACUUCAGCAGUCUUACAAAGCAAUAAGACUCCGGUGCCAGCAUAUUAUCAAAAGUCUUGAUAAGUCUUGUGAAGAACACACAACAUUCCAGACAUGCCAAAAACAAUUUGAUCAAUGGCUUCUCCAGACAUCUUUGAGAUUAAUGUCACAUAACACACUAGACGUUUCGACUAUGGAAGUUACUGAACAGCAUGUACAAAUCCAUCAAAAUUUAAUGGAAGAAAUCCAGCAGCAUGCUUCAGAUUUAGAAGGCAUGAAACAAAAAGGUAUUGACUUGGUUGACAGCAAUAAAGAUUCUCCUGAUAUGCAAACAAUGGUCGAUGCCCAGCUGAAACACUUGACUGAUGGAUACAAUAAUCUUGUUGUGUCCGCCAAUCAAAUCAAGGAUCAUCUGAAUAACAGCCUGCAACAAUGGAACACUCACCAAGAACAGCUGAGAACAUUUGAUGCCUACCUUUCAGAAACUCUUCCUCAAUGGAAAGCAACAAUGGAUUCUCGUCCUGUAGAUAACUUGACCGAUGCAAAAGAACAGUUGACAGAAACCAAAGACAUGUGGAAUAAACUUUCUACCAUGAAGCAGGAUUUGAAUACCAGCCUUAGUCUGUGCAGAGUGGCUGAAACAACCAAAGAAGAUGAAAUUUCAGAAGCCAUUGCCAAUUCACCAUUGCAGAAGUUCUCCCAGAAAGUCAAUCAUAAUCUUGUUUCAGAGAUGAAUGAGGUUGAGAACCGUCUAGAUUCUGUACGUGAUGUAAUCCAGUCAUGGGAGGCUGUUGAUACACUGAAGAAUGACCUGAGAGCCAUAGUUCGACAGAAGAAGGAAGAACUAAAAGAACUGGAAGAACAACCAUCCAAACUUCAUGAAGAGGCUGCUGGAAUUGAGAUUACCAAACUUCAAAUUCUCAAGAGUGAAGUUGAAGAGAAAUCGAAAUCCCUUGAUGAUUUGAAGCAUCUCUAUGGGCGGCUCACUGAGCAUAACUCACAACUAAGUGACCCGAUUAUUCAAGCAAUCCAAGAAGACUGGGAAGAAAUUUUGAGCCACAUUGGAAAUGUCUUAGAAGCUAAAGAAUGUGAGAAACAUGACCGGAAAACUUUCCUCGAACAUCAGAUGGAAAUUGAUAGAGACUUGGCUAAUUAUGCUCAAGAAUUAGAAAGGAUUGAAUUGGAAGAAACUCCAAAGGCUGUUGAAGAUAAAAUUACAAAACUAUCACAUAAACUUGAGUCAAGCAGCAACAAGCUGAAACAAAUUAAAUCUAAACAGGAAACUAUCACUAAAACACUCAGCAGCCAUGAUGUACAACUGGUGGAUGACAAAGUCAGAUCUGCAGAGAAAAAGUGUGAUGAAUUGGUCACAAGAGCCAAUAAGCAGCUAUUUGCCACUAGUACCAAUGAUCAGUCGAUUCAAGAAUUCAAAAACCAAGUCGACGGAAUAUUGGCCUGGCUCAAAGAAAUGUCCAAUCAUAUUUCUAGUCAAGAUAACAAUAUUUCCUAUCUGGUCAGUGACGCCAACAAACGGGUGAACGAUAUCAAAAAUCUGGAAAUUGAAAUGAAGAAGGAAGAAGCCCCUAUAACCCAGUUAUGUCAGAAUGGCAAAAUAUUACUGAAAAACAUUUCUGCAAAGAGCCAGGUUCACAAGCAACUGAAGAAAUGGCUGGCUGACAUCAAAACUAUUUAUCCAAACAUGCUGGAGAGUUUAGUUCAGAUGUUAGAAAGGUGGCAGAAAUACCAUUCUGAAAGAAUCUCUCUUAACAAAGACAUGGAGGACACAACACGAUGGUUACAGAACACCGAGCUGGAUAUCCAGAGAUUCCAGACAUUCAGCUUGAACCAUUUAUCAACUGAAGGUCAAAAGGAAGGCAUCAAGAAACUUAAAGUGGAAAUAGAAAAAUAUGAAGUUCCCUUGGCAUCAGUCUUAAAAACAGGAAAUACCAUAAGUAACCAAUGUUGUCUUGAAUCUCAGGCCGAGCUGCAGCAUAAAUUAUCGGGUUUGGAGACUCGUUAUAAUUCACUUAAACAGCAAAUUACAACAUACCUUAGUGAUGUGGAGUUGUUCUUUAACCAUCUUUGUAAAUAUGAGUCAAAUUGUGAACAACUUAAGAAAUGGUACAAAACUACAAAAAUGAAAUCUUCAAAUCCUAUCCACACCGAUUGUGCCACGUCAGUUCUUCGAAAGCAAGUUGAAGAAUAUCAGGCAUUGAAUCAAACAUGUGAAGAAAAAAUUGUUCUUCUGUCUGAUGUAGAAACUAUCUCUACUGCAAUGCAACCACAUCUCUCUGCAACUGAUAACCAAGCUAUGCAAGAACAAAUCAAAGACUUAAACAGUAAAACAACCAGUGUUUCCCAAGAAGUGUCUAACUCUUUGAAGUUGCUCCAGGAAUCUCUGAGUCAACACGAUGAAAUUGAUUCUAAUGUUCAAAGUCUAUCAAUAUGCUUAGAAUCGAUUGAGAACCAAACAUCUCUUGUUACUCCAAUUGGAAGUUCUGUGGAAGAAGCUGAGAAACUUUUACUACAUUACAAGGAACUGAGCCUAGAAAUGGAGAGUUAUAACCAUAUUGUAGAAAAAUUGACUGAAUAUGUUAAAAAAUUCAGCACCACUGGUCAGUCUUCAAGCGCGACUAACAUACAACAGAUUCUAACAAAGUACUCAUUGUUAAAUGAACACAUAACUCAGUUACUCAACCGUUUAAAGGUUGCAGUGGAUCUACGAAAACAAUAUCAUACAGAAUUUGCUAGCUUGGAAACUUCAUUUAGAGAUUCUAGUCUGAAAGUUGAUGAGGUCUCAGCUUUAAACAUCCCAACUACUGAAAAAGUGAAUAAAUAUAAGGUUGUUUACAAUGAGUUACAAACAUGUGAAAAAGGUCUUGGUGCUAUGGCAGAGAAAGCAAACCAAAUAGACUUAGAUCUACCAAAUAACAAUGACAAUUCUUUGACUUCACAACUCAGAAUUGUUCAGUCUGAUAUUAACACCAGCAAAAGAAAUAUAGACCAAAAGAUUCAAGAGUGCCAGAUGAAAGAAAUGAAUGAAAAGGAACUGAGCAACUCUUUAAAGGAAACAAUAGUUUGGUUGGAGCAGAAAUAUGUGUUUUUGUCUUCUCCUGAACCUCUACAUCUGACUGAAAGUAAGAUUGACUCUAUUAGUCAAAAAUAUCAGCAAGCCACUCAAGAAUCUUUAGAUCGUAUUGCCAUGGUUAAGAAAAAAGUCCUUUCCAAAGAGCAUGAUACUUCAUCUGUUGACAGCAACCUAAAACAACAGUUGGUAUUGAUUGAAGAACUUGAAGUGAAGAUUCUGGAUGCUGCAAAGGUAAAAGAGAAAUACCUUGCUGAAGCCAAAGCUAACCGGAAUCAGUUUGAGUUGUCUCUAAAACAAGUCACAGACUGGGUGACUGGUGCUGAGAAAUUGUUGGAUUCUGGUUUCAUUGAAGAUCUUGAUCCUGACUUACUCUAUCAACAACUUGAAGAACACAAGGAGUAUUUGUCAGAGGCCAGUCUCUGCCAGGAUGAAAUGGAUAUACUGACUGAUACCAGUGAACAUCUAUUGGAUUCCCUUGACUGCAAUGAUAAAGAAACAUUGCAACAAUCCCUGCAGAGUCUGAAUGGAAGACUUAGCAAUGCUGUAUCCUCUCUCCAGAAGAGACAAGCUACCAUUGAAGAGAAAAUAGAUCAAUGGAAAGACUUUCAGGGUUCUCUUCAUGAUUUUGAGACUAUCUUGCAAGACUUCCAUGUUCAGUGGUCAGAACUAGAAAAUAACCAAUCAUUUGAUGAUCCAAAUAAAAUUGCCCUGUCAAUAUCUCAAACAGACAAUUUUCUGAAAUCUCUCUCUGAGAAUAAUGAGCUAAUCAACAAAAUUAAUGAAGGUGCCAAGGUGUUGGAUAAUUCAAAAUCAUCAACUUGUCAAUCAGCUAUUAAAGAAGCCACUAGCAGUGUUAAUCAAAGAUGGAAUUCCAUCAAAAAUCAAGCAGAGGAAAAAUAUAAAAUAUUAAUGAACAUAAGCAAUCUAUAUCAGAAUGUUGAUGAUAACGUGAAGAACCUGGAACCUGUUCUUCACAAAGCUGAAGAGAUGUUGUCACCUAAACACCUGAAAAUUGACAUUACUGUAAGUGAUGCUGGCCUACAAACACAGUAUGACACAGUAAAGAAAAUUGAUCAGAACUUGAAUGCAACAGAACCUACCUUAAAGAAAUUAAAAGAUUCAGUAUCAUCUCUUCUCAAGUGUCUGCCUACUGCAGAGGCUAAGCUUCAUUCCCAAGACCAGCUAUUGUUGUUUACUGAAAGAUAUGAAAGGAUAUCUUAUCAAUGCCAAGAAUAUUCCACCCAGAUAUGCGAUGAGAUUAAUGACCGGAAGAACUUAAAUAAAGAACUUGAUAAAACAGUUGAAUGGCUUCAAGAUUGCCAUAUUACAGUCCAAAGACUUGGCAAUGUUACUGAUGGUUCUACUUCUCCUGGUGAGAAAACAAAGGAAUUGACACAUGAGAUAGAUUCUCACAUGAAGGAGAUUAUGCCUUUGGUAAAAGUACAAGAAAACAAGUACCAAAGCUGCAGUGCUGAAAUGCCUACAGUAAUGAAACUGAAAGUCAAUCAGGUAGUGACAGCACAACGAGAACUGCUCGAAAGUUUAAAGAGCAAAGAAGAACAACUGAAACUGUUGCAAUCACAGCGUAAGAACUAUGGAAGCCUAGUGGAUGAUAUUUGUCGCUGGUUCACAUCUGCUGAAUUAAAACUCAAAGAGAAAAUUUCUAAUGUCAAAGAAGACAAUGCUAAACAUAAGGAAUUAAUAAAAGAAUUCGGCGCACAGCAGAAGAAACUCUCGAAUCUCCGUGGUAUUGGAGGACAAAUUGCAAAGCAUAGUCCUGACAGUGUGGAGAAGAACAAAGUUCAGAGCACCUUGGCUAGUCUGAACAAGCGACAUUCUGCACUGCAAGCAUCGAUCUCCUGCAGGACACAACAACUUACCGAAGUUGAAGGAUUAUUAAGGCAGUUCCAUGAAACCUCAUCUGCUGUCACUUACUGGCUUGAUACAAGUGAAGCAUUGAUUGCAGAACCUCUCAUUUGGUCAGAUUUGGACAAAGUCAAACAACAGCAUAAAAUUUACAAAAGAUUAUCCACAGAGCUGUUGGAAAACCAAAGUAAGGUAGACUAUCUGAACAGCACUGUAAAACAUCUUGCCCAGAUAUCUGAUGCCAGUGAGCCAGCACAUCACAUCUCUCUCAUUAGUCAACGUCUUUUCAACAUGCGUGGUAAAGUGAACAACAAUUUUACUUCUCUUGAUGAUGCUAUGUCACAAGUGGCUGAGUUUGAAAACCAACUGAAAUCUAUGAAUGAAUGGCUUGUCUUUACUCAGCAGCAGUUACAUGUUAGUGAUACAACUCUCACAUUACAGGACCAAUUAUCUCUCAAUGAGAAAAUUCUAGAAGAUAUAGAAAAUCAGAAGAAAAAAUCAGAAAAUUUACUACAAUUGCUGCCAAGUCAAAUGCAGAAUGCCAGCUACAAAAGUUCUCAGCAUUCCUCAUUAAUGUCUGAAAUUGAAGAAUUACACAAGUCAGCUAAAGAACACCAUGAUUGGCUAUUGAAGGCUGUCAAACAGAAAGAAGAGAAUGAUCAAGAGAUAAAGCAUGUCAAAACAGCUUUGUCUUCUGUACAGACCAAAUUGUUCCAUACCUACAAUACUUCAGCAGAUAUUGAAAUUUUAAGAAGAGAAAAGCAAGAAAAUGAGGCUCUAGCAGCUCAAAUAAGAGCCAACCAAGCAAGGCUGAAUGAAAUUUAUAGAAGAAGUAAAGAAUUGUCUAAGAAAGCUAAUUUUCAAAAAUGGUCAACUGUUUGGAAUAUUCCCCAACCAGUCUUAAAUCCUUCUGCCAGUGAACCACAAAUGUCUACACUGAAUAACUCUGAAGAUUCCAAAUUAUAUGAUAGUGGUAUAUUUCUUUCAACAAGCGACAUAAUGUCCCCAAACUUUCGUUCAUUUAGUGUUUCGACCCCACUAAACUUUUCUUCAUCUGGUGCUUCGACUCCUGAAACACCGUUAUCCUUGGGAUCAAUUCUUUCAAAGGGAUCUGAUUAUUCCAAAACAUUAAAUUCGCCUGUUAGGAAAAUUUUCUCAGAUAAGCUUGAUUCUCAGAACAGAGAACACUUUGCCUUCAAUUUCGAUGAAAGAACAACAGAGAAAUUUUCCACACCAACAAAGAUUUCGGCUUCUUCUACUGAAUAUUCAAAACCACAAAAUCUUAUAAAAAAUGACAUGAAAGGGUUUGGAUCAGCUCCAAAAUUAAUGACAUUUACAAGUAAUAUGUGUAAUGUACCAUUAAAUAAUUCCAGUUUAAUAUGUGAAAGUAAUUCAGCUCCUAUUCUAAGAACUCAUGAAUCAAUCUCUAAUAAAUUUCAAUGGCCCGGUAAACAGCAACAACUACCUGGAACAAUAAUUAGAUUCUCCCCAAGACCUCUUUCUGUACAAUACCAGUUAAAAACAAAGUCUAUGGAAAAUAGACCAUCACCAAUUGGUAUAUAUGAUACCUCAGAUGGAGAAAAUUCAAAAGAGGAUUCAGACAAAGUCAUUAGGAAAGAUGUCAAUCUGUACACUAAGAAGGAAGUACAACUAUCUCUCUCCGAAGAACAAAAAGAAUAUCAAAGAUUAAUACAAGACAUAAGCAGUAAACUGCAUCUGCUUAACACCAAACUUUGCUUGCAGCCAUCAGUAUCCCAUCUGAAUAUAGAGACUCACAUUAUUGAACACAAUGCCAUUUUACAAGAUUUUAAUAAUCUGAAAAACAAAAUCGAUCAAAUUAACAACUUGUCAGAGAAUGUUUCCAGAUCAAUUGAUCCUCAGGGACUCCAAGCCAUCAACACCACUCUCUCUGUCUUUAAUGAUCGUGUUCAUACUCUUGAAGUUGGCAUCAAAGACAGAGAGCUUCAUCUACAGGAAAUAUCUGCCAGUAAAAAGAUACACAUUCAAGAACUCGAAGCCUAUCUGAAGAGAUUCCGCGAUAUGGAACGUUGGCUAUCUGAAACAAAGAACAACUUUGGAAAUUCAAUUUCUCAAAAUGAACAAGAUUCUUCCAUGGAAUCUCUUACUGCAAAACUGGAAGAAAAUAAAAAGCUGCAAGGUAAAAUCCAGCAAAAACUGCAGGAAUUAUCUGACAUGGCUUUACAAUGUGAUCGAGUCUGUGAAUUUGAAAAUCAUAAAUCAGCCGAGGAGAUGCGUUCUGAUUUGGUGAAACUUCAGAACAUGUUAGCCAUUUUGAAGUUAAAUGUGUUGGAACAACAAAAUCACUUGAAGCAAGCUUUGAAAGAAGCUGAACGGAAGCAGAAUAUUCCAUCUGAUUUAGAAUCUGAAGAAUUGGUUUUAGAAAACUGGUUUGUUCCUUCUGACAGUAUAGCUCUGCAAUCAGAAGAUAAAGUGAUGGUUCUAGAACAACAACAUCAACAAGAGAAGCUCCACCACGACUUCAGCGAACAUCGCAAACUGGUUCAGUAUAUUUCCAGCCAGACAAUUCAUCAUCCUUCAGUUAAACUAGAAGGAAGAUCUCCUGGCGACAGUGCUAGUAACGAAAGUGAUUGGCGCCGUCUGCAUGCCUGUACUUUUGUGGCAAAGCAGCAACUUAUGGAUCGCGUGCAAAUGAAACCAUUGGGGCUGCAUUUCUCCUCAGCACAGUAUAUGUACAAUGUUGGAACUACUGUGGAUAAGAAACCAACCUUUCAGUCACAUCAUAUCAAACAAUGCUUGUCUGAUUUGAAUGGAUGUUGGAAGAAGAUUAAACAACUUCCAGCAGAAGACCAGAUGUCAGUGACAACCAACCAAAAGCUGCAGAAGAAAGAACAGCAAGCUUUGUGGACUAUAUCACAUUGGUUGGAUACAAUGGAGCAGUAUCUCUUUACUGUGCCUCCUAAAAAUGGAAUACCAGAGAAACUGAAAGAAAAUGAGACCAUGCUGAAGAGUAUCACAAGUUUAAAAGACAAACUCAACACAUCAGUGAUGCCUGUUUCUCAGCAUCUGACAAAAUCCCUUCCAGCAAAUGAACAAAUGCUGCCCGAUGAAACCAUAAUGUUUAUCACCGAUCGUAUGCUUUUGCUAACUUCACAGAUACAGAUUCAUGCUGAUCACAUGAAAACGUGGAAGAAAUAUGAGGAAAUUAUGAGCAAACUUCGGACAGAGUUGGUCACCAUUCAAAGUAAUGAUAAUGUUCCAGCUUCAGACAAAGGAAGUUCCUAUGAUAUGAUGAUUGAACAAAUGAAGAAAGCUGAAAUACAAUUGAAAGAACUUGAAAGCAGUUUGAAUGAGUUUAAAAGUAGAGAAGAUGAAAGUUCUGCCAUCCCCAACUGGAUUUUCAGUGAGUUUACCGAUCUACAACUGGCCUACAUGGAAGCUAAAAGAAAAGUGAUGGACAGAAAGGCGACUUUACUCCAGUCCUCUUCAAUCCAAAUCCAAUAUGAAAAGCUUCUUGAGGACUUUGCAGAUUUCUUGGUAACUGCUAAAAAUAAGCUGAAGAAGUCAACCACCACCACUGCAAGGGAUCUUACCCAUCUUCAACAACAACUGAAGGCGCACAAAGACUUCUUCAGUGAUAUGGAAGGGCAUCGGGCAUUGCUAGAUUCUUUGGCUGAGCAGUGCGACCAAAGUAUGCGUGAGCAACACAGAACCGAACACCAGCGUCUGAGUGACCUUACCGAUGAAGUGAAAGAUCAAGCAAAUCUGUAUGGACAGCACUUGGACCGUUUAGUGAAACUGUGGGUUGCUUUCAAUAUCCGACUUGGACAGCUGGAAAAGGAAAUUACAAGCAUCGAGAACAGCUGCAUGCCUUUGACAAGUGAACCAAGCACAGGUGAUUCCUUACAGGCCAUCAGAGACAGAAAAGAAAAAUACAAGGAAAUUCAAACUGAAAUGUUUCAUGUGAAACCCCUUGUGUUCCAAGUGCUUGAUGAGGGCAAGAUGCUACUGCUGCAGGUCAACAGUUCAUCUCUUGAAAGUAAUGUGACUUCUAUUGCUAGUACAUGGGCUCACCUUCAUGCACAAAUUACAGACUCAAAUAACAGCCUUGAAGAUUUAUAUUCCCAAGUAGAGCAGUACAAUGCCAGUGCUUCUAUCAUGUGUACUCGGUUAGACACAGCUAAGAUCAAACUUGCAACUCUUGGUCAGCUUUCAGAGGAAGACAGUCAGAAUAUUAGUAUUAUUCGUAAUAAAAUGGAAAAAUUAUUGGAAUUCCGCAAAGAUGUUGACAGUGAACUAGCCACAAAAAAUAAGCUGCUCUCAAUUGUAUUCCAACUUCAAGAACAUCAACCUAGUAUCUUGAGUACUUUAAACAUUAAUAUUGAUACAAUUAAAGUUCAGUGGGACAAACUACAACAAGAUAUCAGCUGCACUGAACAAAUUCUCCACAGUGCUCAAAUGGCACUAAUGCCUUCCCGGCAAGCAUUGCAAGAGCUUGGUUUCUUUUUGAAGAAGGUCAGCAAAGCCAUUGCUAGUGAUGCUAAAAAGCAAAUUAGUUUGCCUUCAAAAAUCAGUCCAAUGUUGAAAAAAUAUCAAGGUUUCAAAAUAGAACUUGAAAAUAAACAGCUUACUUUGGACUUUGUUAACCACUGUGUGCUAAAACCAUCAAAUGAAGAUUCUCCCAGUGCUCAUGCUGAGAAGGCUGAAUUUGCAGGAAAACUGUCUGAUCUGAAUGAACAGUGGAAUAAAGUGAAUGAGGAACUACUGGCAAAUCUGACCAUGUUAACAACACUUGUUGAUAAAUGGGAAGAAUUUGAAAGUCUUCAUCGAGAUCUUUCUAACUGGCUUGUUGAAUUAAAUGACCGGAUUAAAAAGCAUGAGUUAAUUGGCAUGGAGGUUAAUGUGAAGCACAGCAUCAAAGAAUGUCAGGCACUUCAUGAAAAAUUGCUGUCUAAGGAAGCUGAUGUUGAAAAAUUAAAGCUGCUUGGAAAUGAGUUGAUGCAACUUAAGCGUGCACCUUCAGGAAGCAAGAAAAUGGUAAAGGAGAAGAUUGAUGGCACUGUGAAAGAAUGGCAACAAACUAACAACCGCCUUACACAGCAGGAAAAAUAUCUAAAUGAUGUCAAAAUCAAAUGGAAUGAAUAUUCUACUGAAAAGACAUUGGUCCUUAACUUGUUAACAGAGCUGGAAUACUAUCUCGGUAGUAACAGCAGUUUAACCAUUGGGGACUACCAUACACUUAAGAUACAAAUCUCUAAAUUGAAGUCUCUUUCUGGUGAGAUUCAACAAAAGGCUCCCAAACAAGAAAAUCUAAUUGCUGUUGCUACAGAGUUGCUCCAAAUUUGUGAAGUUCCUGUGAAGCAUGAUAUCCAAAACACCACAAGUAACAUACAAAACAGGUGGAAGACUUUAACAGCUGAGUUACAAGAUCGAGCUAAGUUUCUGGAACAAUGUCUGGACAUGUGGAGGGCUUAUGAUGACAAAUAUUUGUACUUUAGCCAGGAAAUGGCUCAAAUUGAGAAAUCUUGGGAUGAAUUAGCACAGAGUUGUGCUGAUGAUGGUCAACUGAAGACUAACCUAAACAGAAUCGAGGAAUUGCAGGUUGCUUUGGAUGUAUUCCAAUCAAAACUACCAGAGUUAUAUCAGCUGAGUGACGAAAUGGGACCUAAACUUGAUGCUGUAUCCAUAGUGAGCAUGACCUCUCGUCAAACUGCACUGGAGCAACGGCUUUUGUUGCUGAGACAUUCAGCUGAUAAACUGAGCCGUCAAAUCUCUGACAAUUUAUUCCAGUACAAACGCUUUGAACAACUGAUGGAGACUAUAAACUGUUUCCUUCAGAAAGCAAGUGAUACCCUCAGUAAUCGACCCAAUCAGUCAGCAAGUGAAGAUAUUGUUACAAAAGACAGUUUCAUACAGUUUAAAGAACUUCUCAUUGAGUUUAAUAUAAACGCUCCAUUGUUGGACAGCCUCAAUGAGCUUGGCUACAGAAUGGUUUUGAGUGAUAAUUCUAUUCAAGAACUACAAGAAUUAAAUCACAAGUGGUAUCAACUAAAAUCAGAGACAGUAGAACUUUGUCAUAGUUUGCAAGAUAAUGUUUUACUCCAGCAAGGUUUUACUGAAAAAUGUUCUUUGUGGAUGGCAUACCUUGCUCAAAUUGAAAAUGAACUUGCAGUUGAAAUCCAAGGGAAUUUAGAACAACUUGUUGAUCAACAGAAAAAAUAUCAGACAUUAAAGUCAGAACUGGUCAACAAACAGCAGAUACUUCAUGCUAUUAUUGCUGAUGGACAGAAAAUGCAGAAACUUGGAGAAUCUGGCAACACAGAUUUUGAACACAAUUUAAGUUUAUUAUCUGAGCAGUGGCACAAUGUGGUGAAACGAAUCAACCAAAAAGUGAACACGGUGGAUAGUUUGAUCAGUCUAUGGAAAAAUUUCAAUGAACAGAGCAACAAGUUCCACAACUGGUUAAGUGAUCAACAAACCAGCAUGGAGGUUCUUGGUAGUGAUGUAACAUCAAUGAGACGUAUUCGUAAUGAUAUCCAGAAACUGAAAAAUAUUCAAAACGAGUUCAAAUUACAAGAAGAUCGUUAUGAGUUACUGCAUAAAGAUGGCCAGAAGUUGCUGCAAUAUAUGGAUGGAAAUUCUGCAGAGGAAUUAAAAGCAAAUUUGAGACAACUUGAACAAAAACGCCAAAAUAUUCUUAAAACACUUUCAGAACAAAUGGCGAAAUCUCAGGAUGCCACUAAGAAGCAUGAUUUCUGUGAGAAAGAAUUAGAAGAUCUGUUUGCAUGGCUUAAAGAAAUCAGAAAGAUUACAACCAAACCUUUACCAACAUCAUAUGCUGACUUAGAAGCUGAAAACCAGCAGUGCGAGGACACUCUGCUUGCAGCUGCCUCAUAUGAUGAGAGGUACCAAAUAUUGUUUACAAAUGUAAACCGAUUAAACAAUGUUUUACAACCAGAAGAUGUCAACCUUCUCCAGCAGAGAAUGAAGCUUCUUGAUAAACAAUGGAUGGAUGUCUGUAUGGAAAUUAAUGUUCGGAUUCUGCAGAUUACAGACAGUUUGGGCAGAUGGAAACAACUAAAGGUAGACAUUGACAACUUCUGUCAAUUUUGUGAAAAGACAGAACACAGGAUUAUGUCAAUGAAUAGUGAUACUAUUGAAACUAUGCUGGAAAAACUUAAAACGGAAUAUGACAGUGAACUCAAAAAAAGAGAAACCGAGAAAGAGGAAUUAGUCUCAGAGAGCAAGGUUCUAAAGGAAAGGAGUGGCGAGAGACAUAGAGCAGAAAUUGACUGCAGGGUUCAGCAAGCUGAUCAAAAAUGGCAACAUUUGCAAAGUGUAAUCAACAACAGGAAGCACAAACUAGAAGAAACUAUGCUAGCUGUGCAACAGUUAGACGUCAAUAUGAAGGAACUUCAGAACUGGUUGAAGCACAUGGAAGAUGAAUUGUUCCCUCCUUUGACAUUUACUAAGUGUGAUCAUCAGGAGAUAGAGACAAAACUAGAGCACCAUCAGGGCUUGCAGAGAGAGACUGAACGUUACAGCAAUGGUAUUGCUUCGGUACAUAAUCUUUGUGAAGUUCUUCUACAUGAUACGGAUGCCUGCCGAACUGAAGCCGAAUACAAUGCUCUCAACGAAGCCAAGAAUACUCUUGACAAGCGAUGGAAAACUAUCUGUCUUUUAUUACCUGAAAGACAUGCAUGCAUUGAAGAAACAUGGAGACUUUGGAAGAUAUUUCUCCGAGAUUACAAUAGUUUCUCAAACUGGCUUGGAAGUAUUGAAAAUGAUCUUGCAGAAUAUAGCGACUCCCAGUUAUCAGAGAAAGAAAGUAUAUAUGAAGAAAUUGAGAGCAUUCAACAAGAUAUUAAUAAACACCAUGUCGACCUUGAAGCUAUUAAUAAGCAAUACAAAUUUCUCGUGAAGGAAGGUUAUGUGGACAGCAACAACGACAUAAAAAACAAAACAUGGGAAUGUAAUGAGAGAUGGGACAACUUAUCUAAACGAGUGCUGUGUGAUAUGGGUAAUAUGAAAACAUCUGCAGGGAAGUGGGAUGAAUACCAUUUCUUAUAUGAUGAACUAAUGAAGUGGCUGAAAGAUGUUGAUGCAAAAUUAAUCCAAGUUGAAAAAUCUGAAGAUGUCGCUAACAAUAUUAAGUGCCUUUCUGAAAUUAGACAUGAAGAGAACAUGAAAAACAACAAAUUCCAGCGGUUUGGAGAUAUAACUGAUCAACUGCUAGAAAUGGUUGAGGAGGUCAGCGGUAAAACUCAUUUACAGAAGGAAGUUGAUGACUUCCAGAGCUAUCAUGAUUUUAUUAUGGAACGACUGCACGCAAUGUGUGAGAAAAUGAAUGCUGGAAAGGAUAUAGUUGAUCAACCUCACACUUCUCCAUAUGACCAAGAUUAUCGACAUUUGGUGCUUGAAAGACCACAACCAGAACACAAGGUUACCCUAGAACGAAUUGAUACCCGAGACAGUCCAGUGCUAGAAAGCAGGUUUAUUCAAAGGCCACCUGAUCGAUUUUCUUCUGGUAUCCAAGACAGUCCAGUGCAAGAAAGCAGCUUUGUUCAAAGGCCACCUGAUCAAUUUACUUCUGGAUUAUAUUUUUCAAGAGAUGAUCACCGAAACAAAAUACGUAAUGAACUACCUGAGGUAAAUCAGAAUGCUGAAAUGGAAGCUUCUCUUGAAGAAAUGCUUUCUGCUCUGGAAAACUGUGCACAAAAGAUGGUUAUUGGAGAAGAGCAAUUGAGAUGUCAAACUCCAGUUGGCCCAGAGCUGGAUCAGGAGACAAGAGACUACAUUAAGAUAAUGUCUGACUGUCAAGAUAGUGUGGAUAAUGUGUCAGAAGUUUAUAGCCAGAUUAAGGCUAGGCCUGGCCUCACAUCGAUUAAUGCAGUCGAUCAGGAGGUCUCCAAUGUAUCUGACCGCUGGAAUAGACUUAAAGCUCAUAUUAUUGAAAAAGACAGCAAACUACAGAGCAACCGCAAGGAUUGGUCACAGUUCAAAAUUGAUUUGAAGAACUUACUCGCUUGGUUGGAGAAUUCUGAAAUAUGGUUGGACUCAGUCAAUAAUAAACACGUUUGCAUUACAGAGCAUGGCCAAAUCUGCAAAAAACUGAAGACUCUUCAGACUGAACUAACAUCUAAAGGAACCAUUAUAGAGUCUUUGAAUUUGACAGGAAGUAUUUACAGUAAAGGAGCAUUGGAAGGAAAUAAAACAGUGAAAAAUAAUAUUGAUAUUAUGAACAAACGGUGGGGAAGUGUGAAUAGCAAAUGUGAGAACUUACAACUUCAUUUGAAUGGAGUUAUAUCUAAUUCUGAUCGCUUUAUUCAAGAAGUGCGAUCUUUGAACAUUUGGAUACGUUAUAUUGAGGACCAGCUAAAACUAUGCAGAACUCAUACAAUUGAUAUUGAUAGUGCGGAUAUUCAGGAAAAGUAUUCUAAAUUAAAGCUUCUGAAGGCAGAAAUUGAACAGAAGCAGCCACACAUUAAUUCUUUGAAGGAAACAUCAAUGCAUAUAACCUUUGACAAUAAGGACCCUGCUAAAGCUAAAGCAAAGGAUGACAUCCAUAUCACAUCUGCCCUUGCUUAUGCCCUAUAUAACCAGAUCUCUACAAGCCUUGCUAUACUUGAAUCAAGGGCCGACUUCCAGAAGCUAUUGCGACAUCAAAGUAAUGAAAGCCGAGAAAGAACUACUUUAUCUCCAUUUGGUAGAAUCAGGAAGUUCUUUUUCGGACCGGUCUCUGGAUCAAGUUCAGUUAGCCCUUCUCCCAACAGGAAAGAGCAGCUUUCUGACACCGACACUGGCGACACUUAUAAUGGAAACAAAACUGAGGAAAUAAAGAAAGAAGUUGCCAAAAGUGAGACUCAGCCUGCUGACAUUGGCAGACCUCCGGUUGCUGAAUCAGGUGACUCAUCAAUGCGUUCAAGAGUAUUGCCACCCAUCACCCCUGUGACACUUUCUAGAUCAAGUAGAGAAUCGUCUCCAACAAGUGAAACUGUGCCUUCUCCAAUUAUACCAGCAGGACCAAAAAUAAUGCAGGGUCCAACAAGGAAGAAGAAGAGUUCAGGUGCAAGACAGCUAUUUGUCAAAACUCCAAAAACAAUAAAAUUAAAGGCCGCUAAAACCCCAUUGCAAGAUGAAACAGACAGUUCAAUAAAACCUGUUGCUCCUGUCCUAAUUCCUGAUGAGGAAAGUGUUGAAUCUCCAGGAACAUGUUGUUCUUCAUUCUGUCGUAGAGCAGUACGUGCAGCUUUACCGCUGCAAAUUCUUUUACUUUUAUUACUCGGACUAGCAUCUUUAUUGCCAAUGACGCAAGAGGAUUACAGUUGUGCUCUAUCAAACAAUAUGCGGCGAUCAUUAACAUCAAUGCUUCAUUACACAGACGGACCUCCUCCAACUUAAAAAAACAUAUAUAAUUGAUUUCACAAUUCACAUUUUUUUUUUCACUUGUCCAUUCUAAUUUGCCUGCUGCCUUUUUCCAAAUAAAUAUUCAUAUUAUUUGUUUUAACUCAUCCUUCCACUGUCUGUAUGUCCACAUACUGAAAUUUUUGAAAAAUUUUAUCAGUCUUAAAUACAACAAAAGCAAACCGUUCCAUGAUAAAAAAAUUUGCUAAUUUUUUUAUUAUAAAAUCAUUACAUGUGUAUUCUUCAUAUAUAUAUAUAUAUAUAAAGUUUUAUUGAUCUUUGAUGCAACAAAAAAAUGACAAACCGUUCCAUGAUAAAAAUUUGCUAAUUUUUUUAUUAUAAAAUCAUUACAUUUGUAUUCUUCAUAUAUAUAUAUAUAUAUAUAUAUAUAUAUAUAUAAAGUUUUAUUGAUCUUUAAUGCAACAAAAAAUGACAAACCGUUCCAUACUUUGCUUGGUAUUUAUUAUUUUAUCAUUAUUGUAUAUGUUCAUUUAUAUUAUUUUAUUUUAAUUUACAAUGAGAAGGUUGGCAGUUACGUCAAAAUCCCAGUGAUGUGGUCUUCAUCAGACUGUAAAUUACUUCAAUUUUGUAAAUACUGUAUAUAAUUAUUUAGGAUUCAUUUCAUGGAAGGAGCAAUGUAACUGCAAUAUGGGUGUAGUAUAAUAGCAUUUUUUUUUUUUUUUUGGUGCAUAAAGAAAUAUCUUUAUUGAAAGUUUAAUUGAGUAGGUGGAAAAAAUUAGAGAGAAGAGCAGAAGAAGAAGGCGGGGAGGAAAAUAAAAGAGAACAAGGUGAAAGCAAAUGUUUAUCACAUGUAAGAGAAAGGCAUUUGUCGUUACUAUGUGGUGAAACCUUUCUUAAAGAUAUUUCUUUAUAUACCACAAAAAUACACUGUUACACCACACCUACUUUGCAGCUACAUUAUUCUUCUCACAAGGUGACUCCCCAAAUAAUUAUAUAUAGGACUUUGUGAACCAAAGUAAUUUACACUCCAGUGAAGAUGACAUAACUGAAACAUCAAAGUAACUGUCAAGCUUUCCUUGUAAAAAUAAAAUAAAUUUGUUGCAAUACUAAAA